AUGUCGUCGGUCCUGCGUGUCGGCGCCCACCUCCUCAGCCUCGCACAGGUCCUCCUCUACCUCCCCUUGACCCUCGACAUCGCAGAGCCGGGCAAGGAGGCCAUGCUCGCCCUCUCGCUCAUGUUGGCCGUCGCGUUCGGCAUCUCGGCCACCCUCCACCUCGCCGUCCGCAACACAAAGCUUCGCCCCGUGUCGACCCUCCUCUCGUGGCUCUCGCCCCUCCUCAUCCCAGCCCUCCUCCUCCUCACCCUCAACCUCUACUCGACCUCGACCGCCAACACCGUCGCCCCCUCGCUCCGCGACAAGGUCCUCCACCCGCACCUCGUCGCCUCGACCGCGACCGCGACCGCGCCCUCGACCGCCAACGCGUCGACACUGUACGACACGCUCGUCUCGGUCGCACGCGCGGCCCCCUCGGCGUGGGAGACGGUCCUGCGCAAGUCGUCGCCCGUGUUUACCAUCCUCGAGGGCCUGUGCACCCUGUUGUGCAUCCAGGCCGUGAGCCGGUUCACCGUCGCCCGCAUCGACGACAGCAGGAGCCCCGACCUCCUCAAGAUGCUCGUCCUCAUCGUCGCGUCCGGCAUCUACGUCAUCAGCGCCUACUUCUUGUGGGAGAGCUACGGCGCCGUGACGGACCGCCUCUCGUCCACCUUUAUCGGCGUCGCCGUGACGACUAUCCUCUUCCUGAGCGGUAUCUCGUUCAGCGUCCAGAAGGGCAACGUGAUCGAGACGGCCCUCAUGCUCGCGUGCGUCCCCGUCUCGCUCUCAGUCUUGGGCGGCGCGCGCUCGGCCGUCGGCGCCUACGCUGUCUUCCAGAUCUUCCACCUCUCGAACCGGCCGCAGAUGUACACGGCGGGCCUCCUCAAGCACGUCUUCAAGGCCUCGGGCACCAACGGCCACCCGCCGCUCCCGCCCGUCGUGCUCCAGUCGUUGGACGCGGUCACGAGCGCCGUCAGCCAGACGUUCGGCGCCGGCGUCGACUCGUCCGCCCUGCCCUUCAGCGUCAUCGUCACCCUCUUCUAUCGCGUGUUCGUCAUGUACGCCGCAACACGCGUCGUGCUCGCCCUCAAGCGCCGCACGGGCGGGUACGAGGACAACCGCAAGUUGAGCGAGGAGGAGCCCGCUGCCCGCGUCAUGACGGUCGUCCUGACGUACUCGCGGUCGCUCCUCAUCGGCGUCUACACGCACUUGCUCCUCCUGAGCGAGUCGCAGGGCGACCAAGCCUUUUGGCGGUGGGUGUCGCUCUUCUCGGUGACGGCCCUGUGGGCGCUCGAGAUCCGGCUCGGUGCGCACGUCGACGACCAGGAGGGCGCGGGGAGGUGGAAGUCGGAGUAG